CCUUCACCUCAGCCGUCUAUGGGGAACUCUCACUCAAACAACAUCUGCCAUCUUUGAAUAACUAUCACCUGUUCACUUCUUGAAGCUUGGUCUUCUGUCACUGCUCGCUCUUGGCGUAACCCCAGAUCCGACACAUUCUCGUGCUCGAACUCCGCUUCCAUCUCCGAAAUUUUUCACCUUCCUCCACAUCCAAGAACAUACACAUCAUGUCAGCCAACUCGAUUAAGCUCCUGACAGGUAACAGCCAUCCAGAGCUUGCGAAGCUCGUUGCCGACAGACUCGGCAUUGAGUUGACCAAAAUCAUGGUCCUCCAGUACUCCAACCAAGAAACGAGUGUUACGAUCGGUGAAAGUGUACGGGAUGAGGAUGUUUUCAUUCUGCAGUCCACAAGACCCAACGACAUCAACGAUGGUCUCAUGGAGCUCCUCAUCAUGAUCAACGCUUGCAAGACGGCCUCUGCCCGGCGCAUCACAGCUGUCAUCCCCAAUUUCCCCUAUGCGCGCCAGGAUAAGAAGGACAAGAGUCGUGCUCCGAUUACCGCCAAGCUAAUGGCCAAUAUGCUCCAGACCGCUGGUUGCAACCAUGUCAUCACUAUGGACCUUCACGCUAGUCAGAUUCAGGGUUUCUUCAAUGUGCCCGUUGACAACCUCUAUGCUGAGCCUAGCAUGCUGAAGUGGAUCCGGGAGAACCUGGAUGUGGAAAACUGCGUCAUUGUGAGUCCUGACGCUGGUGGUGCUAAGCGUGCCACCGCUAUCGCCGACCGGUUGGAUUCACAAUUCGCCCUGAUUCACAAGGAGCGCCCUCGUCCCAACGAAGUUUCCCGAAUGGUUCUUGUUGGUAACGUCAAGGACAAGGUUGCCAUUAUCGUCGAUGAUAUGGCCGAUACUUGUGGGACCCUCGUCAAAGCCGCCGACACCGUCAUGCAGCACGGUGCUAAGGAAGUCAACGCAAUUGUCGUCCACGGCAUUCUCUCCGGUAAUGCCAUCGAUAACAUCAACAACAGCUGUCUCAGCCGUAUCGUCGUUUCGAACACCGUUCCCCACGAAGAAAAGAAAGAAGUCUGCGACAAGAUCGCAACGAUCGAUAUCAGCCCUACGCUCGCUGAAGCUUGCCGCCGGACACACAACGGAGAGUCAGUUAGCUUCUUGUUUUCGCACGCGGUCUCUUAGAUAUAUACUCUAAAGGGCGAAAGGAGUACGAAUUAAUGUGGUCAUUUCUUUUCAUUCGCGAAUAUAUGAAGUGUCUAGUACUGCUUAGGAAAGACGCCUUGUUUACUUGUUUCUGUGUUUUUUUUUUUUUUUUUUUUUU